AUGCCGUUGUGCCUCGCCAGCAAGCUGGUUGGGCGUGCAAGGGAUGGCGGCGGUCGGGUGACUUCGCCGCUCGCCAUGAGGGUUCACCCGACCCCGCAGAAGCGUGACAUCGCCGUGCAGAGCUGCGCGGCCGCCACCGCCACCGCGGGUGCAGGAGAGAAGAAGCUGCGCUGCUUGCCGCACAUAGUAUCAAAGAUGCCGGAGCUCCCGUUCGUGACCGACGCCGACAUCUCCAGGACGACGCCUCGGCGCUCUGCUGCAAAGGGACUGCAGGCGUCUGAAAGGCUGCUGAACUCCCUGCAGCCCAGGGAGCUGAUCGCGAUUGAGGAGGCGCUCCAGAACGGGCAGACCAACCUGCGCGACAAGCAGAUGGACCACUGGAGGAUGCACAGGAGGAAUGGGAAGAUGCUGGAGGACGAGCACAAGCUUCUGGCUUUUAGGAUGCACCAACAGGAUGUGGAGCUGAGCGGCGGCAUGAGGGAGCUGGAGAUCGGGUACCAUCACGACAGGGAGUUCACUUCGCAGAUGCCGUUCACCUUCCGGGUGCAGCCCAGCCAUCCCAACCUGCAAGAAAACGAGUAG